AAAAAAAAAAAAAUCCAGUUACCUAAAACGUCAACGGUGUUGGGUUCUCUGUCUUCUUAAGUUCAAUCUUUUCUCCUCUCUCUCCCUGUAUUUGGGUCUGUCCCUCUCGAUUUGAGAGACCGCUGAUACUAUUUUAUUCUUUAGUUUUUAGUUCUAUUUUUCUGCUGACUGACUGACUCUGGAGUUCAGGCUUCCAAGGCUACGCAGAAAGAGAGGGAGUGGGACUUUGGUGUCCGUUUCUCUCCAGCCCUUAGGGUUUGUUUUUUUCCUUCCUGGUGUUCUGAUCUGUGGUGGAUCGGCCAGUGCUUCGGUUUUGGCUGCGGAAACAUAUCAGCAGUUAUGGUGAGGCGCCAUGGCUGGCAACUUCCUGCUCACACUUUCCAGGUUGUUGCAAUUACGGUAUUUUGCUUGUUAGUUGUUGCAUACUAUGCCUUCUUUGCACCAUUCCUUGGUGGCCAUAUUUGGGAAUAUGCUGCAAUCGCCACUUACACUCCUGUGGCACUCCUUGUUUUCAUUCUUUAUGUCCGUAGUACAGCAAUUAACCCUGCCGACCCUGGAAUUAUGUCAAAAUUUAAUGGGGAGCUAACAAAUAAGCCCAAUAUAAAUCUGGGGUUAUCAGGUAGGAAUGUGCCUGCUAAUUUUGGUGAAGUUGGAACUGGAGUGCAUUCUUCUCCAUCAUCUGCUUCUAGAAGCUCCAUAACAGCUGAUUAUAGUAAGAAAGGUUCAGUUAGAGAAUCUGAGAUUAUGGAGAUUCCAGAAGGCCUUGCGGGUAGAAGAUCAUCAGAUUACUUCAACAUCGGAGGGCUCUGCUGUGCAAUAUUUGUACAUGAAGAUUGCUUCAAAAAUGGAGGAUCCAGUGAGCAGCAAGCCACUGGGGAAGAUGCUUUAUUCUGUACGUUAUGCAAUGCUGAGGUGCGCAAGUACAGUAAACACUGUAGAAGUUGUGAUAAAUGUGUUGAUGGAUUUGAUCACCACUGUCGGUGGCUUAACAAUUGUGUGGGAAGAAAAAAUUAUGUAACUUUUAUAUGCCUUAUGGCUACGAGUCUCAUUUGGCUUGUAAUUGAAGCUGGAGUUGGUAUUGCUGUCUUUGUCCGUUGCUUUGUGGAUAAAGGGAACAUGGAGAAUCAAAUUAUAGACAGGCUUGGCAAUGGUUUCUCUCGUGCCCCAUUUGCAGCUGUUGUGGCUGUAUGUACGGUAGUUUCGUUGCUGGCUUGUCUCCCUCUGGGUGAACUUUUCUUUUUCCACAUGAUUCUUAUCAGAAAGGGUAUUACUACUUAUGAGUAUGUUGUGGCAAUGAGGGCUAUGAGUGAGGCACCUGCAGGGGCAUCUGUAGAUGAGGAAAUGCCAAAUAUUGUUUAUUCUCCAACUGGGUCUGCUACAACUGGCUUAAGUGGUGGAAGUUCUCUGGGUCUGCAAUACAAGGGUGCAUGGUGUACACCUCCAAGGGUAUUUGUCGAUUAUCAGGAUGAAAUUAUUCCUCACUUAGAACCUGGAAUGGUACCAUCAACUGUUGAUCCGGAUGCUGCCGGGUUUGCAGAAAGAGGGAACAAGUCCAAGAGGCCUGUCAGGAUUAGUGCUUGGAAGCUUGCAAAGUUGGAUUCAAAUGAAGCAAUGCGAGUGGCAGCUAAAGCUAGGGCAUCUUCUUCUGUUCUCCGGCCAGUUGAAAACCGCCGUUUGCCUGACACUGAUAUCAGCUCCAGUGGAAAUCUUAGUGGCAGAAGUAGUAUGAGCACCGACAUGGGACUAAACAAAGACACCAAGAGUGACAUAAGACUAUCUCCUUUGAGGAAUUCAUAUGCACCAAGUCACGGUAGCAAAGAUGAAUAUGAAACUGGGACUCAAAGUGUGAGCAGCUUCAGCAGUCCAAGCCAUAUCCAUGAGUCGGUCACCCUUAGUCCUCUCCCGCAAGAGCACCCUUUAGGUCUGUUUAAUCCCACAAGUGCAGUAUCCCGCUUUGCUCAAGAGCGACCUUCUGCUACUGCUAGAGCAUCUUUUCCUAACACCAAUCUUGACAACUCAGUAUUCCAUCCUAAUUCCUCAGGGUUCGAUGACAAGAUCAUACAAAAGAGUAGUGGUACUGAUCCCUUGUUGUUACAGGCUCCAUCUUCUUCUCUUCUUAGAGAUGGUAAAAGAACAUCUGUUGUGUGGGACCAAGAGGCUGGUAGAUAUAUUUCAGUCCCUGUAUCGGCAAGGAUUGCUGAAUCCACCCUGGAGGCCCGAAUUAGAUCUUCAGUGCAAGUUGGAGACGCAAAUACUCAUGCAGAAACAAGCAAUUCUAGUAGGAGACCUAUUGUUCCACCCACAGAAUCAUCUGCUACGGCCAAGGCUUCUGUGCAGCGGUCAGAGAAACUGAUGUACACAGGAGAGUCUAUUUUCUUUGGUGGUCCUCUUUUGAGUGUCCCAGUUAAGGAUGGUCCAAGAAGUGGAACAAACCCUAGUUUGAGACCAGAACAAGAGAGGGUGGUAUCCAACUGGCCCCGUGAAGCUAGAGGUGGAAGGGGUGUGACUUCAAACCAGUUACCUGUGUUCACUCCAACAGGUUUAGAGAGAAAUCCAUCGUCAGAGUCGGGGUAGUUUGGAUCAUAAAGCUUCAAAGGUUGUCCCUUGAUGUUGGUGGAUUUGUCCUUCCAAUUUUGGAGAUGAAGGGGGACGGAAUCAAUACCAGUCACAGUUAACUUCUUAUGUGGACACGCUUUUAACAUGAGAAACUUCCAAGUUAUAACUGCAGCUCUCAGAUAGGAAGCAGUCUGAGUGGUGACCUUUGGGUCCCCUCAAAGAUGCAGGCACGACUGUUCUUAAAUUCUGC